AUGGCGCCGACUAGCCGCAUUUACCUUACCCGACACGCUCAGGCGAUGCAUAAUGUGUCAGAAGACACGACCAUUUCCGACGCCGUCCUCACGCCUCUUGGCCAUCAACAGGCGGCUCGUUUGGCCACGCUCACACCAGAAAUUCAGUCCGUCGCCGAGGUGAUUAUCUCCUCGCCACUUCGACGCACGCUCCAAACCACAGCGGCUGGAUAUGCACCGGCGAUCGAGCGUCUAGGAGGGCAUGCUAACAUUGUAUGUCUGCCGCAAUUGCAGGAGUGCAGCCACAACCCUUGUGAUACUGGCUCCGCACGCGAGAUCCUUGAGUCACAUCCAGAGUUCAGCAAGUACAACCUGAGCCUCCUUACGCCUGAGUGGAUCAGCAAGAAAGACUUUUAUGGUGCGUACCGCUUUCGCUUAUGA